AGUCUGCGAGCGUGCACGGUACGUUCGAAACACUCUCUCGUCUCAGCUCUGUUUACGCCCGUUUUUCUACACUCCGAACUCUUAUUUAUUUUUAUCUUUUGUAUCCUCUUCGAUCUAACAAUAUUUUUGACCAAAAAUAAACAAACUUUUGACACUUGAGGGACGUACGCGAAGAAAUAUAUCGUAAAAUAUAUCGUUUUUUAUAAGAGUUACUUCCCCUGGACUUCCUAAGUGCGUUACAGUGGAGGUGAAAAGAGUUUUUCGUGAAAGUGCAUUUUGGAAAACAAUGUGAUUGCGAACAUACCCGGAGAACAUUUCUACAAAUAAAGGAGGAUGUCCCGGGGCGCGAAGGCCUUGUACGCGCUCGUGCUCUCGACAUUGAUCUCGUUUGUCCGAGCUACAACUAACUCGAGCGUAAAUACCGCGAAGACGAGCUGCGAGGUCGCUCGUCUGAGAUGUGCUUUUAGAACGGGAUGUGGAUCAGCCCUCCAACAAUAUCUUACAAGUUGCACUGCUGACCUUCAGAGUGAUUCUAGAGGCUGUCCUGAAACAUGUCAGCACGCUCUUAUUGCGUUGACCAGCACGGAUCAGGGCAAAGAGUUGAUGUCGUGUGAUUGCCCGGAUGAUGAUUAUCUUUGCAACCGUUCGAAGCAAAGAGUCGAAAUUUGCAGAUCGUCAGUCACGAUGGCAAUGAACCGAACGAGGGUUUCCUGCAGAACGGCUACGUGGAUUUGCAACGCGGAUGCUCUGUGCUCCAAAGCUCUGGACUAUUACAACGCCUACUGCAGGAGUAUGUUUCACGGGAAAAAAUGUACGCCGCGGUGUCGAAAUUCCAUAGGGAUUCUGUCGCGUCAGGAAAAGGCGGCAAAAUUGAACACGUGUCUGUGCGACGGUGCGGAGGAGUACGACUGCAAAGGUAUUCAUCGUAACAUGAAUUACCUGUGCUUCGGAAAGAUACAUCACGACUAUCACGAGGUUAAAAAGCUUUUGGCUGACACGAGGACGAACGAAGUUAAGAGAAUGGGAGAGAACUCGAGGGGUUCGAGCGUACGGUCCCUAGUCAACAGGACGAUGCUGAUUUUCACGCUCGUCCUGCUACUGCUCACUUCAAAAGACUGACGAGAGACCUCUCUCGGACCUGACUGGAUAAGAGAAACAGUAUUCCGCGUGUGAACACGACCAAAGACCCUGCGAGAAAACCGAAGCAAAAGUACGAAAAACAAGAGAUAAACGGAGGGAAGAAAACAAAGAGUGGCUUUCAAGUGCCCCGGAACCGGAAGACCCUGCCACACGCGGUGAGCCGUGAGAUCAGGGACAACGACCACGAAAAUUUGAUCGUCAACUAGAAAAUGAAAGAAAAGAAGAUGCAUUGUUCAUGGAAAAGCGUUGAGGUAGUGCGCGCAACGUGCACGAACAAACCAUUCCUACAACUUAGAGCAUACAUAUGUAUAAACGCACAUUUAUAUAAAUAUAUAUAUAUAUAUAUUUACAUACACGGGACCUGCUUCGAAUUGAUGAUAGGAGAGAAAAAGAGAUUCUAAAGAAACCCUACGAAUCCGGAGGACGCUAUGAACGAAGAAAACAAAAACAAUGGGUUGGGCCAACGAGCGAAAAUUUUUAUCGGCAAGAGGCACAAAUUCAACACUGUACAUUAAGUGUAUUAUAGAUUCAUAGAAAAUAAUUAAUUAUUAUGAUUAUAAUUUUAUUAUUAAUUUAUAAUAUAUGUCGUGUGAGCGAGUGACAUCGAGCGUUUGUAAAUAAAUGAAUAUAUUAUUAUAAAUACAAAUAUAUAUCGAAUCUUA